CUAUCGGGGGCGGGUCUAACUGCGGGGGGAAGCGUGCAAGAAUUAGAACUUGGACUAGGAUCCACAAUUUGUAAAGCUAUUAGUGAAGUUGUUCAACUCAGUGUGGUCAGUGAAUUUAAUCGCACCGCAGGCUGACCUACUGAGUCAAAAUAGUGUAUAGUGUACCUGUAAAUCUACGUGUACUUGUGAUUUUAUAGCUAAAAUCGCCGCUUUGUUUAAAUAGCUUCGAAGAGCUGUUGCUAACUUUAUCGACUCCACUGCUGGGGAGACUGCUAUACUUGAAAUGAAAGCAGGGGUCCACUGCCGUUGUUCAAAAUGCUACUCAGUUCCGACACGGAAGCGGGUCCGUAAGCGAACUCCAGAUUUGACCUUGCUGUCUCUACCUGAGGACGUUCUCCUGUGUGUUCUCCAGUGCCUCUCUGCUGAGGACCUGCUGUCAGUUAGAGCUGUUCACUCCCAACUUCGUGAUAUCGUUGACAACCAUUCCAGUUUAUGGGCUAGGGUCAGUUUUAGAGACACCUGGCCGUCCCCCAACACUUUAUGGCUAUUUGAAAGAUCUGCUGAAAAGGGGAAUUUUGAAGCUGCUGUGAAACUUGGCAUUGCUUACUUAUACAACGAAGGACCGGUACUGAGCGAUGCGGGUCAGGCAGAUGUGUGUGGACGAAAGGCCUCACACUUCUUUAGCCUGGCAGAGAGCCUGCGUCCUCCCACUGCAGAUCCUUUCGUCUGGGUUUUCAUCCGUCCACCCUGGUCACCCACUGGCAGCUGCUGCAAAGCGGUGGUGUUUGACCAUCUAAAGGCUGAAUGCGACCGUAAUGUGGAGAAAAAAGGACCCUUGUUGCACUGUUUGGCCAGAGUUUCAUAUCUCUUUAGGGAUGAAGUAAAGCAGUCUGAGGCUUUGUCCAUGCUGGAAGAAUCUGCGCAGGCAGGCUGUCUUCAGAGCUCCUACAUGCUGUGGGAACACAAUCGUAGAGCAGCUAUGGCAGAUCCAGGCCGAUACCUCCAGUGUGUCCGAACCCUCAGGGACUAUGCUGGCAAAGGCUGCUGGGAGGCACAGCUCUCUCUGGCCAAAGUGUGCAGCACUGGAAAUCCACUGGGUUUGGAGGCGAGAGCCUGCUCUGACUUGGUGUCCCAACUUUUUUGCUCCUCCAACCCGUCGUCACGGCGUUGUUCUCAGAGCAUCCUCAGACAAGGCAUCAAGGACACUAUGAGGUACAUCCUGGUGGACUGGCUGGUGGAGGUGACCACCAUGAAGGACUUCUCCAGCCUGACCCUCCAUGUGACGGUGGGUUGUGUGGAUAGAUACCUGGCUCUCCGCUCCGUGCCCAAGGCUCGCCUUCAGUUAUUGGGCAUUGCCUGCAUGGUGGUUUGUACACGCUACGUCAGUAAAGAAAUCCUCACAAUACGAGAAGCAGUUUGGCUCACUGACAACACCUACCAAUAUGAGGACCUGGUUCGCAUGAUGGGAGAGGUGGUCUCUGUGCUGGAGGGAAAGAUCAGAAGCCCCACACUGCUGGACUAUGGGGAGGUACUUCUGUCUCUUCUACCCCUGGAAAGUCGGUCUUCUCACCUUUUCAGCUACAUCUGUGAACUGUCGCUGCUCUACAGCGCCCUCUCCACACCGCCACCUGCCAAACUGGCCUGUGCUGCACUACUGCUUACACGAGCACUACAUCACUAUGCUCCACUCUGGCCCAGUCAGUUGGUCGACCACACAGGCUUCUCCAAGCAGGACCUCGUCUCCCUCUGUGUGCUGCUCUAUGUCAAGUGUUUCAGCCAGGAUGUUCCAAAAGACUACAGACAUGUUUCCCUGACUGGAGUGAAGCAAAGGUUUGAGGAUGAAGCUUACCAGCACAUCAGCAGACAAAAGGUGAUGGAUUACAAAGAACUGUGUCAAAUCUUGGAGAUUCCUGAGGUGAAGCCUCAGAUGGAGCCUCCCAGCCCCACUGGUCAGCCAACAGACAUCCACACUUUCAUGGCUUCUCCUUCUAGCACUAACAAAAGGAGGCGUGACAACAGCAUGCAGGCCCACAGAGCCAGCUUCAUAGCCACGCCCACAGCAGAGCUGUCCAAUCAGGAGGAGACGCUGCUGGGGGACAUGUUGGACUGGAGUCUGGACACUUCCUGCUCAGGUUAUGAAGGGGACCAAGAAGAAGAAAGCGAAGGAGAGACGGGUGCUGAUUGUUCAAUGGUUUCAGUCCAACUGCAUCCACUGACAGAAACGGACACAGACGUGGGAUCAGAGUACUGCAGGGCCUUGUCCAGUGAUGAAGACAGCUUCUGUGACGUAAACAUGGGGAACAGAGACCCGUCCCUCUCUGUUCAUAGUUCAGGAUACUCCUCUGUCCCCAGCGUCAGCCCCUCAUCCUCAUGUUCUUCCUCAUCCUCAUGUUCCUCCUCGUCCCUCAUGCCUCUCUUUCAAUCCUUUACCACUGUUCUGGAUGAGGCUUGCGGCCAACUGGGCUUCCGUCUUUUGGUGCCCACACAUAGGCCCCGGGGCACCUCCAGCAGACAAGUGAAGAGGAAAAAUGCAGCAGCACACAGUGGAGGCGAAAUGGAAAGUGAAGAGGGCGACAGGGAGGAGGACGCACACCCGGCCGGUGUGGGGUUUCUCAGUCUGUAGUCGGCGGUGGUCUCAUGGCCCUGGGGCAUUUACAGACCACUUGCUCCGACAUCGUCCUCCAGCACUUUCCUUCAGUUCUGGACAAUGUUUCUCCCUUCUGUCAGUCUGCACUGUUCCAUCAAUGUUGUUUUCUUUUUUUUGUGCUUUAAAACAAACAAGGGAAAAUGUUUAUCAAUGAGCCUUUUUGAAUAACAUUUCAUCGUGUUUACAGGUACAAUGAAAUACCUCCCAUCAACCAACAGUCAGCUUUCAAACCACUGGGACAUGUUUUAUUUCUCAGGACACUGGUAAAAUCAUCUGUGUUUUACAGCCUUUGUUUAAGGUCAAGGUCAAAAACAGAUGUCUGUUUAAGGUCUGUCUUGAAGUUUUAACUGUAUACUUGUUUAGUUUUUGUUCAGUACUUCAUAUUUUGAAUUCUGAGGCAUCUACCUUAAAGGAAACAGCUGUGAAAGAAGACUUAUAGUUGUCUGUAUUCAUAUACCUGUGGUUCUGUUAAUAACUGUAGACUUUAUCUCAUUAGGAAAACCAAAACAAAUAAUAAAUUAUACACACACUCAAAUAGAAUCAAUGAGAAAGAAUCACCUGCUGUGUGAGAAUUAACAUAAAUGUCCAUCGUUCCGACCAUGGGUGUUUGUAAACCUCAGCAUUAAGUCCAGCACUUUUAUCAUGACCAGAGGUUUAAUACUAUGCUUGAACAAUCAUUACUAUCCAAUGUAUUGAGUGAAUUUGAUUUACUGCCCUAAAAAAAUUGACGUUCAGACACUAAAGAGAAAAAUACGACUUAAUGAGGUCUUCAAAAAAUACUGUAUACCUCAUUCAAGACAGAACACAACAGCAAAGAUGAUUUUGACUGACUGAGUACAUUUAGGAACUGUUGCUCCAGACUGGUUAUCGUCUGGGUUUUAAUGAAUGUACAUAGUGUUAUAUGUAUUAAAAAAAAGAGAGAGAGAGUUUGCCACCACUACUUGAAAAUGUAAUUGCUUCAUUCCAAAAGUGCAGGUUUUUUUUACAUGAAAUCUGCUUUUUCUACAGUAUUUUUGUAUUAUUUCUCUGAUGUGAAUAUGUACGUGAGUAUUGUCUUGAGAUAAAAUCUUUUUUUUUUAAAU